AUGGGUCCCAGCUCCAUGACUAACCUCUUCACCAUCACUUCAUUGCCCAUCUUUCUAUCGUUCUCGCAGUAUGCGCUCAGCUUCCUGGAUUCACGACAGCGCUACUUUGAUUGGAGAGCCCUGGAUGCAGAAGACGACGGUCACCUUGUUCCUACUCAAAACGAGAAGGACUACUAUCUUCCACCGCGCUCCCUGCUCCGGGCUCCGUUUGCCACUCGAAAGCGUGAGAUGCUCAUAUACCUCGUGCAGGAACUUGCCGUACGAAGUUUCGUCACCGAAAUGGUCGAGCAGCGGGACCACGAGGAAGACGUGAACCUCUUACAUCAAGCGAUAUUGGAUGCGAUUCCUGUCGGGGAUGUGCGAUUCCUCAGAUAUCUGCUCUACUUCGCUGUGCAGGUGGAUGCGGCUAAUCAAGGGUUUCUCACGGGCCCGGUCAAUGAGUGGGAGUCCACUGCGUGCUCUGAGAAUGGAAAGAUCCCCUCAGACAUCAGCCUCACGUUAUUAAAACGUCUUCCAACCUUUCUGAAUAGCGACAGAGGAGAGCAAUACAUAUUUGAAGCGAUAAAGGCGGCACACACCGACGUCUUCGCUCUUCUGGUGGACCACUGGUUGCUGUCAUGCACCAAAGAAACGGUUGGCCAGUUUGAUUCUACCUUGACACGGCUACUGCAAACCGCACUCGAGGGUAUUAUGAAACAAAGCGACGAUGUCGAUGACAGCGCAGAAGUUCGGGCCCGCAUGCUCGUUGCUGCGAGACGCCGAGCCACCGAAGGAGCUGGGCGCGUGACCGAAUACGAAAGCGAGAAGUGGGGUCGCCAGCGACCGUGGACGCCUCGCGACGUUGAAGUGGGCUCGUUGGGGAGUCUGGACGAGUAG